AUGCUUCCAACUUAUUACCAAAUGCCUUAUCCAGUUUACCAUCAAGUUGUUACACUUGAUCCAUCACCUUCAUUUAGAUGGUGUCCGAGGAAGAUGCCAAUGAACUGGAAUUUAAUUCAAGAAGUUGAUGUUGACGCAAUCGUAAAAAAUAUGGAUAUUGAUUCAUUGGAAUAUCUCGUACAACACAUUGCAUUCGCUAAUCUUAACAAUUCUGAUGCUCAACGCUUUGGUUCAACUGAAACCUUGAAAGCUUUUAAGUUGUUGCAACUUGGUGUUGAAUAUUUAACACAUUUAAAGCGCCCAUUACCAACGCAACCAGAUUCGAGCGAUUUAAGAAAAGCUUUAAGCGACGCACAAAUGAGAAUUGAAGAAUUAGAAAAUCUCUUAUAUCAAUCAGAAUUAAAACGCGAAAAAGCAGAAUCCUCAGCUAACAUUUACAAACGUCGCUUUAAUACAUUGCGAAAUCAGUUCAAUGAAGCUGAAGCAAAUGCUGAUGAUGGAGAAGUAAUUGGAAUUGAUAAGAACUCAGCAAAAGUCAAUGAUGCUUAUGAUGAUGUUCGCAAGGAACUUGAUCAAAUGCGCGCAUUAGUUGAUGAAAGAGGUAGAACAUUAUCUCAAAGAGCUGAAUCAUGGAAUCUAAGACAACAAGCUGAAAUGAAUAGACCACCUCCGAAGAACGUAACAUCAAAAGACAUUGCAAGUUUAUUUGUUCAACCGGAUGAAUACAAGAAGAGUUUAAAGAGCAAGCCAAAGCAUCGCUUUAUCGGACAAAAAGAGAAUGCAGUUGUUAAAUGA